AUGUAUCUUCGUGAAUACUCCCCACGUGUCCUUCCAAGAGAAUUCAUCAAAAACGCGAUGAAGCUAAUUCCAAACAGUGGACAUAUUGUGGACCAAAAUCUAAAACUUAUCCUCGGUCUUGUAUGGAUUAUUAUUUUGCACUAUUCCAUUCAAAUUGACACCUUUCCUCCAGAAACUACCGAAAAGUGUUUUACGCCAAAGGAAAGAUUACUCUCAUGGGUCACUGACAAAAUCGAGCUGCCCGUCGAGAACUUUACCACUCAUUGGAACGACGGUCGAGCAGUGGGGUCACUUGUCGACUCAUUUGCUCCCGGCCUGUGCCCCAACUGGCGCUACUGGGACGGCAAGAAACGGCUGGAAAACGUGACUGAGGCGAUGGAGACUGCAGAAACUUGGCUCUCAGUUCCGAUGCUGAUUACUCCCGAUGAAAUAAUUAAUCCACGCGUGGACGAAAAGUCCGUGAUGACGUAUAUUGCUCAAUUCAGUGGGGCAGAAGUGAAAGAAGGCGCCCCUCUGAAACGACCGGAACCUCCUUUCCAAGCUAAGAUCAGGAAUCCUGGUUGUGGAAAAAAAUAA